AUGUGCAAUGACGCCCUGCGUAUUAAAUAUAGCAGGCUCCAUGGUGACUAUUCUAUGCGUGUCGCCAUGCAGCUAUCUGUUCGAGCAUUUGACAAGGGCCUUAUUGGGAAACUUAACGAUAGUGCGAGAUCGGCUCCUUCGCCAUUACCGAGGCAGCGGAUUACGCCCCCCCGCGAUUCUCGGCCAGUGACUGUCGGCUCCUUGGGUGACGAUUUGCCACUGCCGCGGACAACACGCUGGGAUAUUCCAAAGAGUCAGCCACGGGGUGGCUCAACCUCGAACACGAUACCGAUUUCGGGGCCUGGCUCACUCAAUACUCCACCUCAGAGGUGGCUGCAUACACCCUCGGUCGGCGAUAACUCGGGGUUGGGGGCGGCGCCGGAGCAGCAACCUCCCGUGUUUCCACAGUUUUCAGAUACUCGCAACUCUGGCGACAACGCAAGUGUAUCGUCAUUUAUGACAGAUAAUGAGAGCUAUCCAAAUGCAGAUUCACGGAUGCGUCGAUCGAGGAGUGCUUCUAUACUUGCGUCUGGCUAUGACGAUACUCCAUCAAGUGGUUGCGAUUUAUAUCAGGAAGACACUGAUUCGCAAAUGGAUGACGCGCCUUCUCAUGUUUCCCAAAUGAAGCGGCUUACACUUGGAGCAAGGACACCGCCAAAGUCAAAUUCUUAUCCUAUUAACCAUCACCAUCAAAGAGCUGGUUCGAAAAGGCGAGCUUCAUCGCCCCCAAAUGAGGAUAGGCAAAUCGGAAGCUCGGAGCCUACUAGAAAAGGUCUACAUUUGGAAGGUUAUGGGAGCGGCGAUAUUUAUGACCACAGUCGGAGAACAUCACCAAUACACCAAGGAUUAAGGAACUCGCCAAAAUAUCAGCAUUUUAAUAAUUCACCAAUUCCCAGAUCAGCAUCAGGAUCAUAUGCGUCUACUUCUAUAUCAUCUGCGACAACAUGGCCUGCAUCCCUUGGUCAAUUUUCUGCUGCAAGUAGCUUUACUACGGCUGGGGGUGUCUCACCAGCUUCCUCAUUUUCCCCACAAUUAGAGAUGGAUAUUGUCGGUGACCCACCAUUUCGGCAACCGCCGCCCUCAACGAGCGCAAAAGGGCCUAGCAGUAGUAGUAGGCACAGACAAGUUCCAGAGGCGUCCUCGGCACUUAACGGCAGAGAGAGAGAGGGUAUUGCUUCAAAGCACCAUUCAGCCCCGAAAGUGGGUGUAUACAUGUGUGAAUGCUGCCCUAAAAAGCCGAAAAAAUUUGACACUCAGAUGGAAUUGCAAUUGCAUGAAAUGGAGAAGCAGUACGGCUGUCAAUAUUGCAAUAAUCGGUUCAAGAAUAAAAACGAAGCAGAAAGGCACCAGAAUUCACUGCAUCUACGGAAACACUCGUGGUCGUGUGCGGCACUCUCAAGCAAUUACCCGGCAGCGUUCCACGCUUCCCCUCAACACCCGUCCACUUGUGAAAUAUGCGGUUAUUGUGGGAAAGAAUUUCCGAUGCCACCGCAAUGGGAUCAGCGAAUUGAACAUUUGACCGGGGAGCACAAGUUUGGAGAAUGCAAUCAGUCCAAAAAGUUUUAUAGGGCGGACCACUUUAGGCAGCAUCUGAAACACAGUCACAGUGGGACCAGCGGAAAAUGGACAAACGUCUUGGAGAACGCUUGUAUGAAAGAUGAGAUGCCACCAACCGCUGGCAGUCAUCAUGGCAGUAUGGGGUCUGGCACCACGAUGGCCAUUUCAGAAGAGGGCUCGGAAUAAAAAAGAAAUCAUGGGUAAAGCUUUUCUGCCAUUUUUUGUUUUCCUUAAGAACUGUUUCUUUUCUUGUCUCAUUUCCUCGCUCUUCCGGGAUUUCAGGUCUGGUUUUUUUUUUUACAAAAAAAAAACAAAACACUUUGAUUCGUCCUUCAUGACCGCACAUGUCAGAACGGGAAAUGCGGUGGGACCCGGAGAAUGGUUGGUGUCUUGAAGGAUUUCCCAGCCAUGCUGACUGCGUGCGAAACUGCACCUUGACGCGCGCUGACAUCAUCAAUAUGACCUGUGCGGCUAUGGCGGACUUUCGGAGCAAGCGAUAGACGCGGUUGAUCCUGGUUGGGAAAAGUUUAUUUAUUUUAUUUAUCUUUAUGAUUCCCGAUUUUCGAUUGUUGCCUUGCUUUCCUUUACGGGCUUAGUGGCAAAUUGGCUUGGGAUGGGAACGAGGAGGAAUAACGCAGUUUUUGAACGACAUUUACGACACUUCUACGAAUGAACAGCAUCUCGAUUUAUCAAGCCAGGAGGGGGGGUUAUCUCUUUGGGCGUUUUUAUGUUUGUUUUAUGAGCCUUUUUUCAAUUUUUUCCCCCAAAUCAUCGUCUCUUUUCAUGCUUUGAACUCUAGUGUCGCGACAGACAAUGGGAGGGGAGCUCCCUUUUCCUCACUUCUUGCUUUAUACCUAUCUCCUCUCCUAUAAACAUUUUUGUUGAAUUCUUCCUUUACCCUUCAUUUUAGGGUUUUAAUCUUCCGGAGUUAACGGUUUGGCGGAAUAUUCUGUUCCGAAGCAUUUACCGGUAUUUUUCUUCUUCCCCAUUCCCUUUUGAUUGUGUACUAAAUCGCAAUGCGGCCGAAUAUCCAUCCAUCACCCUGUUUUCCUUCCAUCCUCUCCUCUCUCCCUUCCUCCUACCUCGAUGAGUUUUGAUAACUAAUCCCUGGAGAUUGGAAUUCUGCUUCGCCCGCCCGCUCUGGCGAGGAAAGGAAAAGAGAGAGAUAUCAUACUUCCCACCCAAGCAUUUCUUCCCAUUCUCCCAUAUCACUCAUCCCAUCAAUCUACCCUUUUCUUCCUUUUCUUACUAAUCCUUAUUAUUGUUUCCUCAUUUGCUUACAGGCGUUCACAUAGGCACUGUUUUUCAUAGAGGGGGGGGGGUUGUGUUGGCUGGAGGAGGAAUUUGUGUUGUCGUUUGAUCUAGGGAGUCACUUGGUUGAGCGUUAUGCAUGCAAAGGUUUCAUGGAGGAAAAGUUGAAGGGGAAGAAAAAAUGGUAAUAGGGGGAAGGAGGGGAGGAAAGUGAAGGAAGUGAGGGGGGGUCAUCUUCAUUACAUUUUGUACAUUCCAUUUUUUCCCCCUCCCCUUUACAUACAUACUUUGGCCUGGGUUGCCGUCUCCAUCAUAUCGUACUAUAUACUAUCAUCACCACAUUCUGGAGAAGCUGUAAGGGGGCGGGAGCGGGGAUUUCGGCGUGUAUAUAUAUCUUUUCUUCAUUAGCUAUGAUAUUUACAGUACUUCCCUUGCUUUUC